ACUACCUGGAUGCUUAAAAAUAUGAUUGGAUUCUAUACAGCAUCUACUCAUGCUGUUGAGGUUACUAAUGGUGAGAUAGCAUGGGCUAAAAUUAGGGAACGGAUGGGAGAUCUUUUAUACAAACUUACAUCUAUGAAAUUUGAAGAUCCUGCAGAAGGUGAAGAUGUUCUUCGCGAACGUUAUCAAAAGCUUCAUACAGAAAUCCAAGAAAGAUUCAGACAAUUACUUGA